AUGGCUUUUGAUACCCACAUGCGAAGGGGACACCCUAUUGUCUUCUCGAUGAUUAUCUUCUUCAGUAUCAUCGAACUUGCAAUCUCAGCCUGGCUCACGUCACAAUUUAAUGCCCACCACAACUAUUUCAGUCUAGCAGAGCGAGACCGCACUCGGUUUCUACUGUUCGCUUCAAUAUGGACGAUCGUAUUCUCUGCUGCCUACAUGUUUUUCUUCUUUUCUAUUCCGGACAAUGUUUUGAGUAGUGUGGCUUCUCAUGUCGUCUUCCUGUGCCUAACAUGGAUCUUCUGGACCGCUGGCGCUGCAAGUAUAACCGCAGCUCUCGGUGGAGGGCUGAAUUGCAAUACCCAGAGCGUGUUCGUGUACUGCGGUCAACUUAACGCGCUGGAAGGUUUUGCCUGGGUCAUUUGGGUUCUUGUAACUUUCGCGAUCUUUGUUGUGCUCAUACGCGCCAUUCGCUCCGCACGUCGAGGUGACGGAAUGCGCGGGCCACUGAUUGCAUGA